AAGUGUCUCUUUUAAUGGCAGCCUGACAUCGAAUGUCACAAUGGCCGAAGUUACUGGAUUAAUCCCUGGGACAUCGUACAAUUUUAAGGUCUUUGCAGUAGCACCUAAUAAUACAGAAGGAGAGGGAGCAUCUAUAAGCCUGUAUACUAAGCCCAGCCCAGUGCUUGAUCUCAAGGCUGAGUAUGUUGGUGUGACUACUGUCAACCUAACCUGGACAGUGAAUGACACAGCUUUGACUGCGUACACGUACAGGAUAGAGGUUAGGAAUGCUAACUCCAUUAACAACGAAACGUCAAAUAUCAACAAAAUUGAAAUCACUGGGUUAAUCCCUGGAACAUCCUAUAACUUCAAAGUAUUUGCAACACCAGUCAACAGUACAACUGAAGAAGAAGGAUUGUCCUUAAGCCUGUAUACAAAGCCCAGCCCGGUGCUUCAUGUCAUGGCAGAGUAUGUUGGUGUGACUUCUGUCAACUUAAGCUGGACAGUGAACGACACAGCUUCAAACUCCUACACGUACAGAAUAGAGGUUAGAAAUGAGGCUUCCGUUAACAACGAGACAUCAAAUAUCACAGAAACUGAAAUUACUGGGUUAACCCCUGGGAUGCCGUACAAUUUCACAGUCUUUGCAGUAGCAGCUGAUGGUGAGACGGAAGGAGAAGGAGCAUCCAUAAGCCUGUAUACAAGUAAGUGACAGUUUUUUGCAGUUGUGUUUCUGGUGGGCUGUGUUUUGCUGUGCAUCACAGGGCUCUGCAUACCUGGCUUGUAAUUCAGUGCUGGAGUGGGCAGCGGUGAUGUUUUCAUCCUGGAGCCCAAUGCAGGCUGUUUGCAAGACAUGGGAUAUUAGAGUGCAGCAAAAACACUGCCCUGAUCUGAUUUUAGUUUUGUAGCUUGCUCAUUUUAAUUGUACUCCUUCUAUAUAUUCUUC